AUGGUUAAAUCGAACCUACAAACGAUUUUGAAUAGUCACUGCUUUGCUAGAGAAAAAGAAAGACAUUUAUCCGAGAUGCCAGUCAUCGAACAGACCAGUAAUAAACCGGAAAGUGAAAGGUGCUCCCGCUGUUGCAGUAACCCGUGUCCGGGGCCUCUGUGGUGCUCCGAUGCCCCUCACCCACCCCUGAAGAUCCCAGGUGGGCGAGGGAAUGACCAGCGGGAUCGCAAUCUUUCAGCUAAGCUAUUCUAUUCUGAUGCUCAGUUGCUGGUUCUGGAGGAACCGGCUCCCGCCAACAGCAGAGUGCGUUUCCUGCUCUUCGAACCGCGCUUUUCAGAAGGCAAGACGUGUGUUUGGAGGGCAGCACUUAAAGCGGGCAACCUCUACAUAGAAAUCCCGCCAGGAGCGUUGCCAGAGGGAAGCAAAGACAGUUUUGCUCUGGUGCUGGAGUUUGCCGAGGAGCAGCUGCAGGGUGAGCACGUUUUCAUCUGCUUCCACAAGAGCCGUGACGAUCGAGCAUCCCUGCUACGCACAUUCAGUUUCCUGGGCUUUGAGAUUGUUAGACCGGGUCAUCCCCUCGUCCCCUCCCGCCCCGACGCUUUCUUCAUGGCUUACAGCAUCGAGCGAGACUCUUCCGACGACGACUGA